CGCAACUAGUUGUACGUAGGCAUAUUGGACGCAUAGCAAUCCGAUUUGAAAAGAAUCAACCUCGGGCCUAGGUUAAUUAAACUCAUCUUGAGAGAUAUUUGUGGAUAGGACGAUAGAUAGGACGUCAGGACUUUAAGAAGCGUGCAGUGCGAACCGGGAUUUGUUGGAGCAGCUUUAGUACCAUGGUGUCCGGCAAGAAGAAUGUCAGCCACAAGAUAAAUAAGUCGAAAAUUGUCAGCAGGAUACUAAUUGUCGUGGUAGUAACCUGCAUCUUGCGACAGUUGACAGCAUUAACGGCUGUUUCGAGAGAUUUAUUGCAGGUGUCCACAUACGACGACGCGGCUUCAAAACUAGUGGAAAUCAACUCGGUUCCAAAAUCAAUACGAAAGACAAACUUAUCAAAGGGUCUAGAAAUUGAACACAAAGCCAAAGAAGAAAGCGAGAUAAAGAGUAUAACCACCAAAGCAACCAAAAAAAUCUUGAGUAAUGAGAUGAAUGAUGGCGGAGACAGAGAAUAUGAGGACAAUAUCGAAAGAGCUUUUGUCAUCAUUUGUAUGGGAGACAGUGCAAUCGAUUCAAACUACGUCGAACGAUUUGUUUGGUCCGCUCGGAAAAUUGGCAAGUUCACGGGAUGGAUCGUCUUGUUAACCGAUGCACCGGAGCAGCGGUACGCUCAUCUAUCUAGAAAUUGGGCAGAUGUCGACAACGACAAAUUCACUAUCUUGCGUCCCGAAGAAAAGCAUUACAUUCGACAUUACGACCAUGCCCCUGCGAUGGUUUUCAAACAGUUCAAAACCUAUGUCUUGCAAUACCUGUCACAAGAUUCGAGACUGGACAACGUGAAAUUGGUAUAUUAUCUCGACGUUGACAUCGUAUUUGGGAAUCCUGUCGGUCCACUGUUCAAUGAUUUGGAACAAAAAUACCAAAUUGGUACAAAUUCGACGACUACAGCACAAACCAACACGGGUGGUAAUGUUGCUGCAAAAAUGUGGAUGUUUAAGGGAAAUAGCAAAAAAUCAAAAAUUCAGGGAGGGCAAAUGAUUCUAGACCGGUCAACGUCACAGCCUUGUUUAGAUCGAUUUCGAUCAUUAAUGGACCCCAAAACGUCCACAAUCGAUCAGGUCCAUUUGAUGCAAAUGCUUAGCGAUCAGAAGUUGGCUCGGAAAACAGAGGAUUACACUUCUUUAAAAUGUGAAAUAGUCAUCAUGCCCCAAGAAGAAAAGCAUAUACUCUUUCCUUCCAAAACGUUGAUCAAAGACAUAGCUGAUGGAAAAAUCAAUGAUGAUGACCCUAUUCCCGUAUUGAAUCAUAUUAAAAACACCGGAGGUGACCUUAAAAAGUCUUCGCCAGAAGAUAUUGAAGCAUAUCUUAGAUAUCUAUUCAGAUUUGAAACUGACCAAAAAGACACACUGGGGAUCACAACAAAAACAUACCUCGAUGGCGGACAACGUGAGAAAGGAAAGAAGGAACAACAUCAGGAAAAAUCGGAAGUCAAAUCAGCCGAGGAGAAGAAAAGUGAUGUUCCUCGUUCGAAUCAUGACGAAGAAACGACUCAGGAGAGUGAAGACUCCAGUAAUGUUCUAUUCAGAUCUAGUCAAAAUGAUGACAACUGGAAAAAUGUGUCACCAAAUGAAUUGGUCACAACGUUAGCGGAUCUUUCAAAUAGUACUGAGAUCGUUUCGUCAAGAGCGAAAAGGCGUCGCAGAAGAGGCUACAGAGAUAAAAAGGGCAAAAAAGAAAAAGAGACAUACGAAGAUGACAUUGAAAGAGCCAUGUUUGUAAUUAGUAUGGGGGAAAAAGCUGCGAAGAUGAACACUGUUGAGCGCUUCGUCUAUUCUGCUCGGGAGAUUGGAAAGUUUUCUGGGUGGAUUGUUGUUUUGACCGAUGCUCCCAGCGAUCGCUACGCCAAUAUGAACAAUUGGACAGAGAAGGUUAUUUUUAUGGAUCCAAAAAAAGAAGACACGAAAACCCAUUAUAAGGUUUCUAACAUGGUUUAUAAACGGUUCAAAACAUACGCUAUCGAAUACAUGAACAGAGAUAUGCGAUUAGAACAAGUUGAGCUUGUAUAUUAUUUAGACGUUGAUAUCGUCUUCGGGAGUGAUCUUGGACCGGCUUUCCAUGGCAUAGAAAAGACUUAUGGUAUCGGACGUCUCGGGGUCAACACGACCGCUAAUGUUACAGAUUCUAUUGCGCGUGGGAAAAUGUGGAUGUUCAAGGGGAAUUCCGGAAAAUGGCAAAUCCAAGGAGGGCAGAUGGUUCUUGAUCGGUCUUUGUCCCAACCUUGCUUAGAAAGAUGGAGAGAGGGAUUCGAUCAGAAGAAAGUUACUGAUUAUGCGAAGGACCAGUAUCUCUUGAUGGCAAUGAAGAGUGAACAAGAACAAGCGAUGAAUAGAACAAUGAAUAGUACAGACCCAGACUUGGAUGUGGACUUGGCAUGCGAAAUUGUAACCAUGGAGCAAGCGCCGUACAUCGACUUUCCUUUGGUUACGACAAUAAAACAGCGAAGCAAGGUGUUACGGAAACAUCCAAAGCGAAAGUUUCAUUAUAGUCCAAUGGUUCACGUUCGAAACGAUGGCGGUACGGCCAAUAUGAGAGACGGAAACAUAAGACCAUACAUGAGAAGUUUAUUGAGGUUCAAAAAGGAUCAACCAGAUCCCUUGAAAAUAUUGAAGAAGGUACACAUGGACACUACCUAAAGCUAUUAUUGAAAAAAUUGUACAUUGUAUAAAAAAAGUCAACGACUGUUUUAAUUGAGCAUUUAUUUUACAGAGUUUUCCCCCUCGGAUUGAUGCGAUGAAACGGAACGAACAAUCGUCCAAGAAUUGUGUCGGUGGAGGAUUCAAUGCAGCAUUUUGAUGAACUAUAUGCCUCUUCGUUUCGCCUCACAUUUCUCGAUUCAUGUGUGAUACUCUUCAUGCUAAGACCCUCAAUAUUGUGAAUGCGCGAGCAUCAAAUGGAAUUUCAUGUAUCUUAAGGGGUGAUGUAUAUGGCGGUGAASAAAAUGGCUUACACUGCUGGCAAAAAAACGAUUCUGGAUCAGGGACCAACCCCAUAUSCACCCAUUUUAUUUAUUCCUCUUUGGUCCCAUCGCCAACGGCCUUUCCGUGUCCACCUGUCAUAGCUUUUGUAACCUCUUUCGGAGGGGACGACCGGCUGGUUGCAGCCGAAAACAAAAAGACCGCGAGAAUCAUCCCCCAAACGACCUGUGUGGAUUUGGCCAUAAGCCACAGGGACAUUUUGAGGCCAUAUGCUUUGUCUUCGUCAACGACCUCUGACCCUCGCGACAUACUCCACGAGCCGAGGCUUGCAAGAAACGAAAUCCCGCUCA